ACGGGGAACUUGAACUCGAAACAAAGAAGAAUCUCAGAAAAUUCAUUGAUGUAGAAAGGUGAACGUGAAUAUAUCACAAAAUUCAAAGGCAGAUUGAUCACUUUCUUCAUUCUCUUGAAAAGGUUUCGAUUGAAAGGCGCAAGGCUAAAAGGCAACGAGAUUCAGAGUGGGAUCUUCUGAAAAAUGAAUUCGUAUGAUGACACAAGGCCGCGGAGGACGCAGGCUCCUAAUUUACAUGGACCCAAAAUCUCGAAUCCUAGUUCAUCUUCCUCUCCCUCAGAAGGGGGUUCAGUGAUAGGGCAGAAGGAAAAAGUUAGGAAGGAAGAUAACAGCUUUGCAUGCAGGAUUCAUGAGCAUGUGAAACUGGGGCCCAAUAUCCCAAAAACUGUGAAGGGAAAGCUACAGUUGGGGGUAAAAAUAAUUCAACGAGGAGGCCGGAGGGAGAAUUUAUUCAGAAAGCUUUUCGUGAUUAAAGAAGGAGAGAAGAUGUUGAAAGCUUCACAGUGCUACUUAUCCACAACGACUGGCCCUAUCGCAGGAUUACUCUUUAUAUCUACUGAGAAGGUUGCCUUUUGUAGUGAAAAAUCCAUAACUGCUCCUUCCCCCCAGUUCACAACAACAUCAUCCCAGCAGGAAAACAACUUCAUAUUCAUCAACCAAAGACAUUACAAAGAAUGUUUAUUUAGCCAAACAGCUUGGGAUAUAUGAGUAGGGACACCAUCCCGCCCACAUCUCUAUAUCUACAAUAUUCCAAACAUUUCUAGCAAGUCUAUGAGUAGCAUCAUUACCAAGACGAUUGACAUGUUGAACAGUGCAAUCCUGGAACAUUUACAUGAGUCUUCUAGUUUUCUGCACUAAAACUCUUUAAGGAGCAAAAGAAUAACUGGUAGUCUACAACUCAAAAAUCAUCAUUAAACAAUCAUUUUCAAGUAUAAGCUCAUGAAUCCCCAUGUUUGCACAUAACUACAGUCCCCAAAACAUAGCAAGAAUUUCAAUAGUAGUAGGAUUAGAAACCUCAUCUUUCAUUUUACUGACAGACAUCACAACAUCUCCUUUUAUAUCUUUGAGAAUAAUGCUCACCCCAGCCUUCUUUUGAUCAUAUAAAAUAGCACCAUCUACAUUGAGUUUAAGAAAACCUAUUGGUGGAGGUAGCCAUCGAUAACAUAUCUACUACUUGGAAACUGGGGUCUAUCUCAUGGUGUUAGGCACUUUCUUCGAUGAAAAGACAAAGUCAAUCACCUGAGAAGGUUCCAUGCAUUCUUUCUCAUGUAUCAUUUUGUUUAUUCUAAACCAAAAAUCCCAUGCAAUCAGUGCUAAUAAGCUCAUCCACUAUGCCUUCAUUCUUUAUACACAGAGUCACAUCUCUAAAAGAUAUAUUCUAAUCCACUUUUUGAAGAAGAGGCACAUAUCUAGAUAUUGAAUACUAGGACAGUGUAGUAAGGCAUAUUGUAGAUCCUCCACUUUGUCUUCAUAGAAAAUACAUGUAUCCUUCAAAUCAAUCUUCAUUUUUCUCAGAUUUUCUAAAGUUGGUUGUCCAUCCCUACAUGCUUUACAUAAAAAAAUUUUGACUUUAUUAGGGAUCUUGAGCUUCCAUAGAGUAGACCAUAAUAAAUUUUGGAUGCUAACAUUCGAGGAUUCCAUGAUUUUCACCUUUGCUAGCUCUGAAAGCUUGAUAGGCACUCUCUAUACUAAAUCUGUCACUCUUCUCCUUGUCCCAAAUCCACUUAUCUUCCUCAUCACUUUGGUUUGGAGUGAUUUUUAAGAUCUUAGCAGCUAUAUUUGGAUUGAAGAGAGCUCUAAUUCUGUUUCCAUCCCACCACUUUGUGUUGCAAUCAAUUAGAUCUCACACCUUGGCUUCAAUUGAAAUACUCUGCACAGGCAGUUUCCCUUUCCAAACCUUGAUGGCCAAGGACCCAACAAUCCUUCCAAAUUUUGACAAAUUUUCCAUUUCCUAUACUCCAUUUGCCACCUUUAAGAAGCAUAUGCUUAGCCUCACAAAUUCCUCUCCAAGCAUAAGUGGGUUAGCACGUAGAGGCGCAUCAAAGAAUUGGACUUUUGGAAAAUAAUUGGCCUUAUAAAUUUUGUGUAGCAAACAAUCUUCCUCUUGCAAAAUUCUUCAACCCUGCUUAACUAAUAAAGCCAUGUUAAAAACACGCAAAUCUUUAAAGCCCAACCUUUCUCUAUAUUUGGAUUUACCCAUCUUUGCCCAAUUGACCCAAUAAAUUUUUCUCUCUUCCUUCCUCUAACCCUACCAAAAUCUGGCCAUCAUAGUUUCAAGAUCAGAACAUAAGUUGCCUGGUAGUUUGAAACAGCUCAUAGUAUAAGUUGGGAUAAAAAGUGUCACAGCUUUAAUCAGCAUCUCUCUUUCCCCUUGAGAGAACAUAUUUUCUUUCUAGCUUUAAAGCUUCAACCAUAUCUUAUGUUUAAUCUCAGAGAAAGCAUAUGACUUAGACUUGGCAAUCAUUGAGGGCAAACUGAGGUACUUCUCAUACUACUAUAUGUGACCAACCCCCUAUAAUGACAAAAUUUCUUGCUGAUACCCCAUUGAUACAUUCAUGCUAAAUACCAUUGAAGAAGUUAUCUCCUUAUUAAUCUAUUGGCCUGAGGCACUCUCAUACUACUGCAACAAUAAUUGUAAAAUUCUAGUCGUUUUAAUCUCAACUUUGCAGAAGAUGACACUAUCAUCUACAAAGAGCAAAUGGUUAAGUCUUGGAACGCCCUGCAAAUUUGUAACCCUGGGAUGGAUUUAGAACUAUCAGAUUUAUUGAAUAGGCCAAUGAGGAUAUAGGAUAUAUGGGGAUAUGGGAUCCCCUUGUCUUAACCCUCCAGUGGGAACAACAUGACCUUUAGGUUCUCCAUUAAUUAGAAUUGAAAAAGAAAUAGUCUAGACAUACUUCAUGAGCAAAUGGACCAACCAAGUCUCAAAACCUAAUGUUUUCAUCACAGUCUCUAAGAAUCAUCAUUCCACCAUGUCAUAAGCUUUACUCAUGUAUAGUUUUAAAGACAUAAAUGAAGCCUUUUUUUUCCCCUUUCUCUUUUAUCUCAAGUAAUGAAUCAACUCAUAAGCAAUCAAUAUAUUAGAAAUCAUGUGAGAUAGAACCACUUUAAGAUGAUUUGCAAUCACUUUAGAAUGAGUAUAUAGACAACAUUACACAUGCUAAUUGGUCUAUAAUCAGUCACUUUCAGGGGGGUUUUUUUCUUUGGCACUAGGGUGAUGAAAGUGUGAUUUAUAGAUUGAGGGAACUCACUUGAGUUGAGUGCUCAGAACUAUAGUCAAAAUUGACUUUCCUAUGAUCUACCAGUAUCUUUAGAAGAUGAUUGGUGACAUACCAUUUGGACUAGGGGCUUUUGUGGGAUGCAUCUGCAAGAGAACUAUAUAUACCUCUUCCUCUGCAUAAACUUUGGUCAACUCCUUAUUCAUACUGUUGGUCACUUUCCUCUCCAAAUUCUCAACAAUGUCCAUAGAUCCCCUUUGCUCAAAAGCAGUAAAUAGAGAACUGAAAUAGUUGAUGAUAAGCAUAUCCCGAUCCUUCCUCUCUUGCCAUUCACCACAUUCAGAAUGUUGUUCUUUUUUCUCCUUUGUGAGGCUUUAGCAUGAAAGAACUUAGUAUUUUGGUCACAUUCCUCUAACCACAAUGCUCUUGAUCUCUGUUUCCACAUAAUCUUCUCCAUCUCUAGCCACAAUUGAACAUCCUCCCUUGUUGAGAUGGUUGCAUCCCUAUCAACUCCUCUAGGGUCACUCUUGUGCUGCAUUUUCAAAUUCUGUUUAGCCUUUUGUAAUUGAGUAUGCAACCUACCAAACUUGGUUUAAUUCCACAGGUCUAGUUUUUUACUACAACCUUUUAUCAUAAGCUACUUUACCCAUACUACUCUGUGAGUUCCUAAAUUUUCAAAAGUCUUCUACAAUCUGUGUACAACCUUCCUCUCCAAGCCACAUUGCUUCAAAUCUAAAUGUCUUAUUCCUCUUUCAAACCUAUGAACACUAUCUAAUUCCAACAAAAUGGGUAAGUGGUCAGAAUAAGUUGUUGUUCCAUGAAUGACAGUGGCUUGUGAAUAUAAUUGACACCAAAUGGAGUUUGCAACAAAAAGGUCUAGCCACUCACUAAUAGUUGAUAAGCCACCUGUUUUAUUGCACCAAGUGAACAUAGGGCUUGUAAACCCUAAAUCUCUAAGUUCACACUCAGUUAAUACCUUUUUAAACUCAAGCAUUUGUUGUUUAGGUCUAUUUCUACACCCCCCCUCCCAAUUUCUCACUCUAAGCAAUAAUUUCAUUAAAGUCACCAAAAACCAACCAUGGCUGAUCCUCACCUCUCCACAAAGUACAAAGUAGGUUCCAAGUAUAACAUCUCUUAGUAGAAUUAGGUUGGCCAUAGAUACCCGUGAGAUACCAUUUUUUAUUAGGAACAGACUCAUCCAACAUUAAAGCAUCAAUAUAAAACUUGAAAAUAAUUCAGCACAGACAAGUUCACCUCUUAUUUCUAGAACAAUGCCAGGUCCCCACUACACCCUACGUAGUCAAUAGAUAGCAAUUAGCAAAGCCCAGCCUAAACUUACAUUUCUCCAUAGCAUGAGCAACAAGUUUUGUUUCUUGAAGGACAAAACGUUGGGAUCUUACUUCUUAAUGAUAUCUUCAGGCCGUUCGAAUAUCAAGUGGGUUCCCAAGCCCACAAGUAUUCCAGCUUAAAAGUUUCAUGGUUCCCAGUGAGUCUAGGAACCAACCUCCACCGAUAUGCAUUGUUUAUCAGCUAAGAGUCCUGCAUCCUUCCUUAGCUGAGCCUUUAAUCUCUUAGAGAAUCUUCCUUGUUCCUCAUCUCCCACACCCAACUUCUUCUUUCCUAGACUUGUUAAGUGUUGAGGUUGUUGUUCUUGAGAAACUCUUAAUGGCAAUUUCCUUUUCCAUCUAUGGGAACCUUCCUUGUUACGUGAGACCAACAGACUUGCUAAAGGGCCUUCACUAUCCUACUCAUUACUUUGGGCCAACCUUGAAGUCCAUGGGCUGAAGUUUGUCACCCUAUUUCCAUUUUGAAAUCGAUCCUUGACUCAUCAUCCUCAGCAAUUGUCAACAUUAGUUUACUUUCCUUUUCAACCUCCCCUGAUAUUCUGCUUCCAAAUUUUGGAUUGUUUCAAAACACCAUGUUUUUCUCCAUAACGUAUGCUUGAUGUAACAAUCUAGAUAUGGAUUGAGACCUAACAAUCACAUCCUUCGAAUAUUUCUUCAAAAAAUCCUCAGUGUUUGAAUUUGCCAGAUUCCUUUCCAGGAGGUUGCUUCCCAAUGCUUGGUGCUGCAACCCACCGUGGUGUCCACCGGCAUAGAUGGUUGCACCCUCUCUCUAGGCUGGUCCUGUUUACCUUAUAACAAACCAUCAUUGCUCCCUACUCAUAGCCAUGGGCCAUAUGGGAACUCAUCUAUUGCUCGUAAUUCCAUGUCCACAGUCCAUAACUCACAUUCACGAUAAUUAUGAUCUAACUUCCCACAAGCAUAACAAAAAUUGGAAUCUGUUCAUAUGUGAAACUGACCCAAACAUGUUGAGUCGUGCCAAGGUUAAUCUUCUUACCCCUUAACAAAGGCUUUGUGAUAUCCACAUUAACCCUUACUCGCAUGAAUUCCCCUAUGCCAUAUCACCCUUUUCUAGAUCAACUUCAUCUACCCUCCCUAUAGCAUUCCCGACAAGAUUGCCCAUAUAUUCAUUCCUAGCCACCAAAGGGAGGUUAUGGAUACAAACCAAGAAAAGUACCUCUAUUAACCUGAUUUGGUGAACUUGUUUAAGUCCCUCCACUUCACUCACCAGAACUAGGUGUUUACCGUCCACGGCCCAUCUCUCAUCACCCUUUCCUUAUCUUGAGCAUAUUCAAAUUCGACAAUUAAUAGAGUCGAAUCCAAGUCACUAAUAUUAAUUGGAUUCACUGGUCUCCAUAUUUUUUUCAUUGUUUGUUUAAAAUCCAUCUUGUUGUAAUGCCUUUUCGUGAGCAACUUGAAAAUUAAACAUUUGCCACUCCUAGAAAUCGCAGCAUCUAACUUGGUAGAGUCUACAUCAAUCUUAUCACCUUCUUGUUCUGUAAGAGAGAGCCACUGGUAAAGCUCCUCCCAAGUCCAUCUACAACUCUUCUUUCACCUUAGUUAAACUCACUAUUGAUGAUCACGAACGUGAAUCAAUUUUUGGAACCUACACAAGAUAGGAGAAAGAACCUGUACGUUUGGAAGAACCCUCAAGAGGAAACCCACUAAAGUUCACCAUCUCCAAAGCAUGAGAUUUUAAUUCCUCUUCAAGGCAUAAGAUUGAGAACAAUAAGGUAUAGUUUGAAUAGUGAGUUGAGAUGAAAGUUGAAUAAAAAUAUUAUUAGAAUAUUAUUUUUUAAUAUUAUUAUUGUUUUGAGAUUUAAUAAAGUUGAAUUGUUUAUUAUAUUUUGGGUGAAAAUUUUAAAAAAUUGUAAUGAUGAGAUGAGAUGAAAUAUCACUCAAACACAAAUAUUUCAAACGAUUUGUUAACGUCAUAUUUCUCACACCUGAUCCUAGCUUUAGCAACCCGGGCCAGUAGGAAAAUUCUCCUUUCACUAAUCAUUACAACUUUCCUAAACUUUCAAAUAAAAGACAAAAAAUAAUUCAAAAUUUUCAAAUUCUAAAA